CCGCCCCACGCGGGAGCAGCAGACACCUGAGCGAUUGCAGUAGUUUCCUGGGGAGCGCUACAGCCAGCACAGCAGCUAAAAUGUGUGACAAACCAGACCUCUCUGAAGUUGAGAAAUUUGACAAGAAGAAGCUGAAAAAGACUAACACAGAGGAGAAGAACACACUCCCGUCAAAGGAGACCAUCGAGCAGGAGAAGGAAUGUGUGAAGUCUUCAUAGAGGGAGAUGGCAUGGCAGGAAGAGCCACCACUUAAUUUUUUUGCUUUGAAUUAAAUCAUCUGUUUAUUACAUCUACCUGUAUA